GAACCUACACCUCCCUGCUCUUUACCCGCUUCGUCACAAAAAUUAUUCAGUAAAAGAUGGGUAGCCUGAGUCCAAAAUUACCUGAAACUAGUCAAUUCAAGCCCCUAGACCCUGAAGAACUUCGCAAACAUGCCCAUAGAAUGGUAGAUUUCAUUGCUGAUUACUACCAAAAUAUCGAAACCUACCCAGUCCUCACCCAGGUGCAACCUGGCUACCUCCCUGCUCGCCUCCCACAAACUGCACCCUACCUUCCAGAGUCCUUGGACACCAUUCUCGACGACAUUGGAAAAGAAAUCAUCCCUGGCAUGACUCAUUGGCAAAGUCCAAACUUCUUCGCAUUCUUUCCAGCUACUAUAAGCACUGCAGCUUUUGUUGGAGAAAUGCUGUGCACAUGUUUUAAUUCUGUUGGGUUCAAUUGGCUUGCUUCACCUGCUUCAACUGAGCUAGAGAUGGUCGUUAUAGACUGGCUUGCAAACAUGCUCAAGCUACCAAAAACCUUCAUGUUUUCAGGUUCAGGAGGAGGAGUCAUUCAAAACACAAGUAGUGAAGCAAUUCUGGUUACGCUUGUAGCAGCUAGAGACCAAGUUCUUGCUAAAACUGGGUACAGGAAUCUGGGUAAUCUUGUCGUUUAUGGCUCUGACCAGACACAUUCUACAUUCACCAAGGCAAGCAAAUUAGCUGGGAUAAAUCCCUCCAACAUAAGACUAUUACCAACUUCGCUUGACACAGGAUUUGCUCUCUCUCCCGUUACUCUCCGCACCGCUUUAGCAGCUGACGUGGCAUCCGGCUUGGUCCCACUUUACCUCUGUGCGACUGUGGGGACAACUUCAACCACAGCCAUUGAUCCCAUUGAGACGCUCGCUGACGUGGCAAACAACUAUGGCAUUUGGAUGCAUGUGGAUGCUGCAUAUGGUGGCAGCGCAUGCAUAUGUCCAGAGUUCAGGGAUUACCUAAACGGCAUCGAACGAGCCGACUCGCUGAGUCUGAGUCCGCACAAAUGGCUACUAAGUUAUCUAGAUUGCUGCUGCUUGUGGGUGAGGAAGCCGAGCUUAUUGGUGAACGCAUUGAGCACGAACCCGGAGUACUUGAGCAACAAGCAGAGCGAGUCAAGCUCGGUCGUCGACUUCAAGGACUGGCAAGUGGGUACCGGCCGGAGAUUCAAGUCGCUGCGUUUAUGGAUGAUAAUGCGAAGCUAUGGUGUUGCCAACCUACAAAGCCACAUACGGAGGCAUGUCCAUAUGGCUAAAAUGUUUGAGGGGUUCGUGAAAUCCGACCCGAGGUUUGAAAUCGUGGUGCCUAGCAAAUUUGCGCUUGUGUGCUUCCGGUUGAUCUCCCCUACAAAUAAGGACGGGUCGGGUCAAACCGAGACGCUGAACCAGAAGCUGCUGGAGCUUGUGAACUCGACGGGCCAGAUUUAUAUGACGCACACGAAAGUCAGUGGGGAGUAUGUGUUAAGAUUUGCAGUGGGGGCCACAUUAACUGAGGAACGGCACGUGGUUUCCGCGUGGAAGUUGAUUAAAGAAGGAGCUGAUGCAGUCUGUCCUUAAGUCGGCAAUAAAUGAAGCAAAUGUAACCGUGUCGGGAAAUUAUUUGCAUUUACAAGAU